AUCGGCGGCCACGCACGGUUAGGUGGGCGUGGUCCCCGACACUGCCGCUGGAUACGGAAACGUAGGUACAAUGAAAAUGUGGAGCUCGGUAAUGAAUCAAGAGAGCAAGAAGACCGCUAGAUGGCGGUAAUGCAAACAACGGAUGCCAAACGGCGAUUAGCACCAUUGAAGAUGAUGACAGCAGCAGAAGAAGUCGAAGAAGAACAAGAAGAAGAAGAAGAAGCAGGAGGGGGAGGAGGAAGAAGAGGACGACGAUGAAGACAAAGCGACAGCCCCCGUCGUCAUUUCGGUGCGGCGCGCAAGUCGCCCCCUGACAUCAAGUGACGACAUGACGGAGCGCAGACAGCCCAAUUUCUCCCAGGAGGAAACCGACCUGCUCAUCCGCGAGGUCGAGGCGCGCAAAGAACGCCUGUACGGAACCGCGAGCAGAGCUCCGCGGCCGGAUGAGGUAAAGUUGGCGUGGAAGGAGAUCACGAGUAUUUUGAAUGAGUCCAACCACGGCCUGCUGAGAACCGCUGCCCAGUACAAGAAGCGCUUCAACGACGUGAGGCGGAGGGCCAAAAAUAAACUUUGUUGCAUCCGCAAAGAGCAGCAGCAGGGGACGCGCGGGGGAGCCGCGGCGACCGCCUGCCUCAGCCCCCUGGAGGAGCUCGUGGCUUCCAUCCCCACCGUGAGCCGGGAAGGUUUUGGAGGCGUGGAGGUCGGCGUAUCUGGACAGCCGGUGGGGAAAAAAGAUGGAUUCUUCGAACCAGCUCCUUCCGCCGAGUCCCGAGCUCCGGCGGCCGAGGAGGCGGACGAGCCCAAGGACGACGCGGGCGUCGACGGGAGCGGCGAGGAGCUGGCGGACGGCAGCGGCGACGCGCCCGACCGGCGGCCGUCCGGCCGAAGGAGGGGGCGAGAGCGGGGCGACCGGCCCUUCCUGGACCUCCAGCGGGGCGGCUUUGAGAUGCUGGAGCGGGAGCUCAGCACGCUCAACAGCCACCUGCGGAGCCUCCAGAGCGGCGUCCUCCCGCUGCUCGCCUCCAUCGACGGGAGCCUCCGGCGGAUCGCCGACGCCGCGGAGCGGCUGGCGCCGCAGCCGGCGCCCGGCCCGCGGGGCGGACUCUGCCAAGAAGACUGGGCGGACGGGGGGGAGUGGGAAGAGGACCGGGGGGAAAUUGUGAGGCUAAUUAUUGACAAAUAAAAACUUUUGU